CUUUGGCACCACAAGUCACAAGUGACUUUUGAUGAGUGAGCCGAGCCAUUCAUGGAAACGACAUACAGUACUACUCCGAUAUAAUCAGCAAUGACGUCAAUCCUCAAGCUCCAAGGUCCAUUCACUGUCGAGCUAUAUAUGUCCAAUCAAGAGGAGUAGCUCUAGCUAGAUUGGUUGAUUCGUGUUCGUGGAGUAGCUCUAACAAUCACCCGAAAGCGCGCCGGACCUCGUUGCUCUCCAGCAAGCAUGCAUCGGCAAGAGGAGUCCGGCGAGGACAUCGUGAUCGUGGGCGCCGGGCUCGCUGGCCUCGCCGCCGCACUCGGGCUACACAGGAAAAGGGUGAGGAGCGUGGUGCUGGAGUCGUCCCCGGAGCUCCGGGCGUCGGGGUUCGCCUUCGCCACGUGGCCCAACGCCUUCCGCGCGCUGGACGCCCUCGGCGUCGGCGACGAGAUCAGGAAGCUCCACCUGCACAUCGAAGGGCUGCGCGUCAUGUCGUCGUCCACGGGUGAGAUAGCGACGGAAGUGGAUUUCAGACACGAGUUCUGCUGCGUCAGGCGCGACGUGCUGCUGCAGGUCCUGGCGGCGGAGCUGCCGGAGGGCACCAUCCGCUACUCCUCCAAGAUCGUCUCCAUCGACGAGCACGGCGACGGCGCCAAGAUCCUCCACCUCGCCGACGGCUCGGCUCUCCGGGCAAAGGCGCUGAUCGGGUGCGACGGGAUCAACUCCGUGGUGGCCAGAUGGCUGGGGCUCGCCAAGCCGUCGCACUCGGGGCGCUCCGCCACGCGUGGCCUCGCGCGUUACCCCGACGGCCAUGGCUUCCCGCCCAAGUUCCUGCAGUUCUUUGGCAACGGCUUCCGCUUCGGCUUCAUGCCCUGCAACGACACCGACGUCUACUGGUUCUACACAUGGUCUCCCUCCCCAGACGAUGAUGGUGUCGACGAGAGCGGCGCCAGGAUGAAGCAGUACGUGCUGACGAAGCUGAGGAGCUCCAAGGUGCCCGCGGAGGCGCUGGAAUUGGUGGAGAGGAGCGACAACGCGCCCGCUGCGCCGCUGCGAUUCCGGCCGCCGCUCUCGCUCUUGUUCGCGAGCGUCAGCAAGGGGAACGUGUGCGUGGCCGGCGACGCGCUGCACCCAAUGACGCCGGACCUGGGCCAGGGCGGCUGCGCGGCGCUGGAGGACGGCGUCGUCCUGGCCAGAUGCCUCGGCGAGGCCAUCCUUGGAGGCGGAGGCGGCGGCGCGACAGGCGCCACUGAGAAGGAGAGGAUCGAGUCGGGCCUGCGCAGGUACGUCGGGAUACGGCGGUGGAGGAGCAUCGAGCUCAUCGGAACCGCCUAUGUUGUCGGUCUCAUGCAGCAGAGUAAUAACAGGAUCAUCAGCUUUCUGCGGGAGAAGGUACUGUCUCGAGUGCUCGCGGGAAGGCUCGUGAAAAUGUCCGACCAUGACUGCGGAACGCUGUCGAGCUAGACAUGUCUGCGUCUUUUUUUGGGUACUCCAUUGACACGUCUGAAGAAAUCAAUGUUGGAGCGUCUCUUUCAUUUGCGCAGGAUCUAAAAGGACAACAUGAAUUGUAAAACAUAUGAUUAGAAUGUCAAUGUCACAUGAUUUUUGGUUGUGUGAUUACAUCAAAGAAAAAAUAAAUCGUUCGAA